GAAACAACAUGAAUGGUAGUGACCUCGUUAACAAGGCUUUCAUGACCUUGCCUUUCUUUCUUGCUACUUCUGCAAUGUCUAUUAAUACAUUUCCCUUGAAAACAUAUUCUCGAGCUUGAGUUUGAGGAUUCGGGAGCAAAUCCUGAGCACUGUGCGAUUAUCCUCGGAUCGUCGAUAUAGUUAUUUCCUGUUCCAGCCAGGAGCGGGCGAUACACGUUGCCUUUACGGAGUUGGUCCAUUCGUGAUGUAUGUAUGUAUAUAAGUACAUACGUACCUGGCUUACAUACCAAAGGUGAUCAUCUAGACGACAUAUCAUAGACCUGGCCUUUCCCCGGCGUGAGGUUGAAGGUCGCACAUCCAAAAUCAGGGAACGCAGCAACCCAAAAGCAUGAACUUGCCUUAGCCGACCAAACAACGCGCUGCACCUCGCAGCGCUCCUGUGCCCUCUCGACAACAAUGAGACACCUCUUCACUUCCCUCCUGCUCCUGGCCCUCACCAUCAUCCAGGCCCGUCCCUCAUUUGCCUACACCCCACUAUCCGACGCGACCCUGCGCCACUUGCCCCGCCUGUUCUCUUCGUCUUCCUCCUCCCCCUCCUCCUCCUCCUCUCCAUCGUCGUCGUCGUCGUCGUCAGAGAACUAUUCCGACGGCUUCGACCCGGACUUCGACCCGACCCACGGCGCCCUGCUGGCCCCGAUCCUGCGCCCGCGCGUGCCGGGCACGCCGGGCCACGCGGCCGUGCAGGAGCACUUUGCCGCCUUCGCGCGCGACCGGCUGCACGCGGGGUGGGCGGCCGAGUGGCACAACACGACGUCGGCGACGCCCGCGACGGGCGACCGCGCCGUGCCCUUCCGCAACCUGGUCCUGCGGCGGGACCCCCCCUGGACGACGGCACCGGCACCGGCACCGGCAUCGGCAUCGGCAUCGCGGGAGGGCGACGUCGCGCGGCUGACGCUGGCGGCGCACUACGACAGCCUGUACCGGCCCGAGGGGUUCGUCGGGGCCGUGGACAGCGCGGUGCCGUGCGCGCUGCUGCUCUUCGUGGCGCGCGCCGUGGACGCGGCGCUGACCAGGCGCUGGGAGGCCGCCGAGCGGAGCGGGGAGGCCGGGCUCGACGGGGAGGAGAAGGGCCUGCAGAUCCUGCUGCUGGACGGGGAGGAGGCCUGGGUCGAAUGGAGCGAGCGGGAUAGUCUGUACGGGUCGAGGGCCCUCGCCGAAGCGUGGGAGAGGACGCGGUACGAGGCUGGCAGCAGCUUUUCCACGCCGCUGGAGGCGAUCAGCCUGUUUGUUCUGCUCGACCUGUUGGGUGCGGCCGAGCCAAACAUUCCGUCCUACUUCCCCAAGACGCACUGGGCGUAUCAGAACCUGGCCAAGAUUGAAGAGAGACUAAGGAAGCUGGACUUGCUCGAGACGAAGCCGAGGAAACCCUUCUUGGCCGAGAGCGGGAAAGAAGCGACGCGGUUCAGAGGCUUUGUGCAGGAUGACCACGUCCCGUUCAUGCGGAGGGGCGUCGAUAUCCUGCACAUCAUCCCCUCGCCAUUUCCGUCCGUGUGGCAUACCAUGGACGACGACGGCCCCCAUCUUGAUGUACCAACCAUCAGGGACUGGGCCAAGAUUAUGACGGCGUUUGUGGCCGAGUGGAUGGACUUGGAAGGCUACUUUCCCGACAUGGCACCGUCCGACGCAGGAGACAAGUACUCUGAGAAGGAGGAACUGUAGUUAAACGAUACCAAUCAAGCACAAUGCAUGCAAGUAAGGAGGUGAGCGCUGCCAGCUGGCCUGCAAUGUCGAAUGCCAACUGCAAAGCCGCCCACUGUAACAGCUCAAGAGAACCAGCCUCCUGAUAUGGACAGCUUGCUCUUG